GGACUGGCCAUCGCUUCAGAGGAGAUCGGUACGGGGCGCGUUUUAAAUCGUUGCCUUCAGGCCGCUGAUUCGAGAGCCUUUAUGUCCUAAAGAGGGAGACAGUGGGGAGUUUGCAUUUCCCCCAGAACGGGCUAUGGCGACUGGAUCAGAAGUAAGAAUCGAAGAAUAUUUUCAGUGUUUGCUCUGCAACCAGCCAGUCACAAAGCCCAAACUUCUCAAGUGUCUUCACACCUUUUGUGUAGAUUGCCUGCAGCAAGAAAGCAGUGGGACAGGUAUCAAGUGCCCCAUCUGUGAGAUGGUGACGAGGGGAGAUCCUAGCUCCUUACAGGACAACAUACUUGUGGCAAACCUACAGAACAAAGUGAAAAAACAGCAUCAGAUCCGAGAUACUGCAGAGCUGUCCUGUGCCUUCUGUGACGCCAGCAGUUCUCCUGAGGUCAGGACUUCUCCAGAGUUCAUGUGCCUUGAAUGUGACAAGUUCCUGUGUAACAAAUGCUUCAACAUACAUCAAGUGCUGAUGGUUGAUCAUCAGAAGCAUGUUCAGACCUUGGGGACACUGAGGAAACUGGAUUCUGACGAGUUCUUGAAGAUCCUUACAAGACCAAAGCAUCUUUUCUGCAAUACUCAUGAUGAUCAGCAAAUUAGUCUAUACUGCAACACUUGCUCAGUGUGGUUGUGUGUGCUGUGCUUGGUGCUGGAACAUAAGGACCAUAACUGCUGUGGUAUCAGGAAGCAGAUUGUCACACUAAAGAAUGAUCUCCGAGAGAUGCUGGGCUCAGUACAAGAGAAUGAGACAAAGUUCAGCAAAGCACAGGGGGACCUGGAGAUGAUUGUCGACAAGCUGAACAGCGAUAAAUAUAAAAUGGAAGAGCUCAUCAAUGCAAGAGUAAGAGCUGCCAUUGAAAAGGUGAAGGAGGAAGAGAGCAGGCUACUAAAUGAACUGAAGGAACUCCACUCGGCCAGAGUACAGAAGUUGCAGGAAAGUUUAACAAGAACAGAAAAUGUACUGAAAAGAAUGACUGUGAGCAAAAGCUUUGUGUCCCAGUUGCUUCGCUAUGCCACAGAGCAGGAGAUCUUGGAGCUUCGAGGAACAGUUAAAUCAGCACUCCUCAGCCUCCAGAAAGAGCAGCCUGUUGAUGUACAAAUGGAGAACACAGUGAUAAAUUUUAAGGAGUGUUUGGCUCUUCCAAAGAAAAUGUUGGGUAAUCUAAUCUUAUCAAAAACGAAACUAAACUCAGUUCUAGAUGAGAACUUACAAUUGCCUCAAUACAAUAGUCCUGACAGAUGUGGUACGAAGGAUUUGAAGCAGAGAUUUCUGAAAUGCUGCGACAAAAGGAAAUGUGAUACAGAAGUGGAAACUCAAACCCCUAUGAAACAGUGUGUGAAGGAGGAGGCAAAUAAGAGCACAGAGGAAACUGUUACCACGUUCUCUCCAAACUACAGCACAUGUAGUCCUCUCCCUUGCAUAGAGAAUGUCACCUCGUAUGCUGGAAAUAAAGAAAAGCAAACAGAAUUGUCCAUUCUAGACACAGUAGUGGAGCUAAUACAAAUAGAUUCAGAAGAUUCCAACUGAGAUUCAUUGGAGGUGAAUAUCCUAAUGUGGUGUAUGCCAAGGGAGUUUGGAGCAGAAGUGCAGAGAGCAGCCAUCUUCAGCAAGUAAUUUUUAAAAUUUGUUACAAUCUGGAGUGCACUACUCAAAAGAGAGGCAGAAAAGAUUUGAGCAGAUUCAAAAGACAAUUGAAAAUUUACAAUGAAAGGUGAGAGGAUAUCUCCAAUCUGUGUUUGUUAAUGUGGUGCUGUACAAUCUGAAACAUAGAAAAUAGGAGCAGUGAUAGGUCAUUCAGUAUGAUCAUGGCUGAUCACCUAAUUCAGCCCCUGUUCCUGCUUUCUCCCUGUACCCUUUGAUCUCUUUAGUCACGAGCUAUAUCUACUCCUUCUUGAAAACAAUGCUUUGGGCUCAACCACUUUCUGUGGUAAUGAAUUCCAUUGGCUUACCGCUCUGGGUGAAGAAAUUUCUCAUCUCUGUUUGAAAUGAUCUCCCCUGUAGCCUUAUAUUGUGACCUCUGAUUGAGACAAAGUAUAUUUAGAAAAAUUUGGAAGAGGGAGACAGCGACCUGCACACUCAUAUUCUUGCAUAUAUUCGUAGGUCUCACUUCUAAAUUUUCCUGAUUUUGAAGAUCUGUAUUUAGAUAUUUUUAGACAAUGCAUUAUUUUUAAAUAAUAAAGUUAUUUCUAUUGUGCAAUGCAAACUGUGACAAAUGCAAUGCUUUCCCACCCCAGAACCUAUUAUUAUUAUUGAACACCGGUCAAUCCUAAACUGUUUUACGAUAUAUUCUACAGCCAAGUACAUUACAGUAUGUUUGUACAGUAAAGAAUAGCCCCCAAUACGCUGUCCUAAAAAGUACAGAGAGGAUGGAUACACUAUCUGUUACUGUAUAUGCAAAGAUAGGCUUAAGCAAGUGUUUUAUGAUCACCUGCCAGUUCCCAUUUCCAAGUCACUCACCAUCCUGGCUUGGAAAUAUUUCAUCAUUCCUUCACUGAUGCAGGAUUAAAAUCCUAGAAUUCCCUCCCUAAUGGCUUUAUGGGUCUACUCACAAGCACGUGGACUGCAGUGGUUCAAGAAGAUGGCUCAACAUCACCUCCUCAAUAGCAUCUAGGGACGGGCAAUAAACGCUGACCAGCCAGUGAUGCUCAUGUCCCGUGAAUGAAUUAGAACAAAAUAAACCAAACCGCUCGUAAAUCACAAAUUAUAUCAUAUGUGACCAUGAUAAAGGAAAAACAUUGCUCCAAUCCUUCCUCAGCUGUCUGUAGUCUUGAACAUAGUAACCACACCAUCUUCCUUCAGUGCCUCCCUGGCAGCAUCCACUUGAGUGGAUGUUCUCACCUGGUUCCAUUCUUAACUAAUAGUAGCCAGAGAAAUAACUUCAACGGCCUCUCCUUCUUCUCCCAUGCUGUUACAUCUGGUGCCUUUCAACAUCCCCCACCCCAGCCCUUUUCUUAUCUACAUACUUUUCUAUCUGUGUUACCAGUAAGUUAUGAAAAAAGGACUUGAGGAAUCUUCAAAGGGAUACAGAUAGAUUAAGUGGGUGGGCAAAUAUUUGGCAGACACAGUAUAAUGUGAAGAAAUGUGAUCUUGUUCACUUUGGCAGUUUAAUGCUAGAUGACACCCCCCACCCUCCCACUCCUGUGCUGUAAUGACACCACAGCAUGGAGUGAAAGGAUUGUAACUGCUGUGUGGAUAACAUGCGCUUGCUUGUAGCAUGUGCUGCUUGUGGUCACACUGCAUCAGCAUCUUGAGGCAGCAGGAUCCCUUCGGGUUUAGGAAAAUGGCUGAGUUCACAUGAGGUGUUCAGAAGGUGAUGUGUGGUCAGUCAGUGAAUUCUGCACCAGGCAGAAGUCUGCAACCUAAGGAAACCCUUGAACUUGCUCCUCCUAUAUGUUCAGGAAAGGAGAUGAAAUUGCCUCAUGAGUAUUUAGAACCUUUAUGUUGCAAGCUGAGAGAUCUCCUGAGAAGGCAGAUACGUAAAGGGUGAUACCUCAUUGUCACCCUGAUCAGACUGUGGUGUACUCAUAAGAAAUUAUAGUCUGAACUGUAGAAGUUGGCCGAUUUCAAUCACGGAAUUUUCAGUGAAGCAAAUAUCUUGAGCAUUCAUUGUCACUGAGGUAAAAGUAGUUAAGGCCUCCUUCUUUCAGCAGCUUGUUCUGGUCUGUUUGACCUUUCUUCAUUCUCCCAGUUGUAGGGACAUACACUGAAGUUUGUAUUUACUGAUUUCUGCAGUUUUACAUUUUUGCAUUUUAUUUCUGUUUUGCUUUUGAUUCUAAGAGAAUUUGUAUGGAACACUACUUAAAAUGAAAAUUACUUUGAAGACAUUUACUGUUAAUUAUAUAAUCAAUAAUAAUCUUGUUAAUUGUGGUAUUGUUUUAUUUAUAUCCUCCCCCCACCCCCACGGGAUCCUAGACAGGUAUUUUUUGAGUGAACUAUUGAUUUUUCACUAGGUUUGCCAAAAUAAAGUUGUUUCCUACCCAUGACCCUGUAACUAUAAGCUAAGACAAUGAAUAACCUUACACUUGGCAAGGUCAUUUAUGGUGUGGAGACAGGAUAUGGAAUUUUAUUGUUGGACAGUAUAACUUGACCGAUGGUAAGUGAGAAACACCUUCAGGAGGAUUUACAAAGAGCCCGAGUUGUACAGAACCUGUGUACCUCAUUCUGCUGAAAGUCUUUGAUAAGGACUCAUGGCUGUAAGAGUCUUGCUUGGGCAGUAUAGAUAAGGCCACAAAAGGCAGAAUGGAUUCAGAAAUUGGACGUAAAGGUGUCACAGCAUCCAGCUUUCACUGCUGCCGUGGGUGAAGUCGUCAACUACAAAAGACAACAAGGAACAUUGAUGCAGUGACUGGAGAGUGACACAAUGUAAGGUCAUUUUAAGGUGAUGUGUACCAAGGCAACUGCAUCACUUUAGGGAGCUGUCAUGAACAGUCACAUUGGGUUUUUAAAACCAUUUUGAAAACCUUUCUUGAACAUGUCAAUUUGGGGUUACUAUUGUGCUAUAAUAAAAUUGUUGUAAUUUUCUUUCAGUAUAUAUUUACCUACAAAGUUCUUUCUUCCUUCUCUCUUUUAUUGUUUAUAAUUGUUUCAUAAUUGUUCCAUAAAAUUCUUGUUUUUAACA